UAUACUUUAAUAUUCCACCAAACAAUGACAACUAUUGAGCCCACCCCCUACCCCCUACCCUCCACAUUGCCCCUCUUUACUACCAAAGCCAAAGCCACCCACAAACUCACUCCAUCCCCCACACAACAAACAUUGUGUUAAGACCGACAAUUCUCCACUAGCUAACACCAUAUAGAAAAGAAGAAGAAAAAAAGAGAGAAAGAAGAGCAAAACACAAAGCACAUUCAAGAAAACUGAAGAAGUUUCAGCUUCAGUUUUAGUCUUGUUCAAGUGCCAUGGAUUCCAAGAUCUAUGGCUUCUUGUUUACUUUGAUUCUCUUCUUCUCCAUUACAGGUGCUGCAUUGCAAGAAAACCCAUCUGCCAAACAUCAAAUGUCAGCUCCUCAGAUCAACUCAAACUCAGUUCUUGUAGCCCUUUUGGAUUCCCACUACACUGAACUCUCUGAGCUAGUAGAAAAAGCCCUCUUGCUUCAAACCUUAGAAGAAGCCGUCACUACACACAACAUCACCAUUUUCGCACCCAAAAACGAAGCUCUUGAACGCGAUUUAGAUCCCGAGUUCAAACGUUUCUUGCUUGAACCCGGGAAUCUCAAAUCCCUUCAAAAGCUUCUCCUCUUUCACAUGAUCCCCACUCGCAUUCAGUCCCUCCAUUGGCCUAAAACAGAGCUCAAACCCCGCCAUCACUCCACUCUCUGCCCCGGAGACGAACAUAUCUCAGUUUUACGAAAAAAUGGAGAUAGAAUGGUAAGCAUGGCGAAAGUUAUUCGCGCAGAUGAUAUUAUCAAACCGGACGGAAUCAUCCACGGGAUAGAACGCGUCUUAAUACCCAAAUCAGUGCAACAAGAUUUCAACACGAGAAGAAGCCUCCGUUCAAUUUCAGCUGUAUUACCAGAAGGAGCACCAGAAGUAGACCCAAGAACAAACAGGUUGAAGAAAAAGCCAACAAUCCCAGUGCCCGCUGGAGAACCACCAGUAUUACCCAUUUACUCCGCCAUGGCACCAGGUCCAUCACUAGCUCCAGCACCAGCUCCAGGACCAGGUGGGCCCCACCACCACUUCGACGGUGAAAGUCAAGUAAAAGAUUUCAUUCAAACUCUAUUGCAUUACGGUGGUUACAAUGAAUUAGCAGACAUUCUUGUAAAUCUCACUUCCUUAGCUACCGAAAUGGGGAGAUUAGUGUCCGAAGGGUACGUUUUAACUGUUUUAGCACCUAACGAUGAAGCGAUGGCGAAAUUAACGACGGAUCAGCUGUCGGAACCGGGUGCGCCGGAGCAGAUAAUGUAUUAUCAUUUGAUACCGGAGUAUCAAACGGAGGAAAGUAUGUAUAAUGCCGUGAGGAGAUUUGGAAAAGUGAAGUAUGAUACUUUAAGAUUGCCACAUAAAAUUGUUGCUGAAGAAGCUGACGGUUCUGUGAAAUUUGGGGUUGCUGAAGGGUCGGCGUAUUUGUUCGACCCGGAUAUUUACACGGACGGCAGGAUUUCCGUUCAGGGGAUUGACGGAGUUUUGUUUCCGGUUGAGGAAAUUAAGGCUGCUCCUGUAGUAGCCCCUGUUGCUAAAGUUGUUGCCAAGCCAAGAAGAGGAAAGUUGAUGGAAGUAGCAUGUAGUGUGCUGGGGUCAUUCUGUUAAAACCUUCACAUUGAGGGACAGCUGAAGAUAAAGAAUUGAAAGAGAAGAAUUGUGAUUCAGUUAGUCUACUAGAAUUGGAGGAAGAGAAACGAAUAAAAGCUCACAAAAAAGAAAAAACGAUUCUGAAUAAAUGGCAGUUUUUCUAGGAGGGCCUUGUUGAUGAUUACAAAAAUAUUAGGGAAGGAGGAAAGGAGAAAUGCUUGCAAUGAAGUAAAAUUCCAGAAAAUCCAUCUCCCACCACCUCCUUCCGAACCCCAAGGAAGAGAAGGGAAAUAUAUUUUUUUUCUUUUUGUUAUAAAUACUGUAAAUUACAUAUCAAUUUUUUAUUUGUAUUUAAGUUUGUUCCUACCGACACUUUGUAUGCAGAAAUAUACCCAAGGAUAAAAAGAAAAAAACUCCGCAGGAACAUCGUCUUUUUGUUCUUUUAAAGUCACGGGGUUGUGUGCCUUAUUAUUUUGUUUUCACAAUUUCACCGCUGUGAUACCUUAGCUUGUGAGUAUCAUGACAAACUUUUUGCCA